GACAGGGUUGCCAAUAAGAACCGUGCUGUCAUCCGAACACUUCAAAUAUAAUUUUUGUCUAAAUUACCCAAUUCAAAAUUUCAGUUGUUAAAAAAUGGAUCCGCCGUACAAUCCCAAGUAUCCCCAAAAGGUGGUGAUACCCCAAGGAACUUAUGACUCCGGUCAAAAUGUCGUCCUGGACGUGCCUGGAAUAGAAGAGGAGGACAUUUUUGUUGCUACAAAGCCACGGAACCAGAAGCCAGCGCAUAUCCUUAGAACUCGUCCUUCGGGUCCACACCGUCCAAGACCCGACCCUCCUCACACGCCUCACUCUCUCGUGACCGUCGGUCCAGAACCAGACGAACUUGAGCAAAGAGAACAACAGAAUUUGGAAGACGACCUGAAAAACUACCAUUCGGCCAGAAGGAAACUCUUUUACGAUGUGCUCACGCUUCAGGUUACGAAGCUUAAGAAAGGAAUCAAGCAGCACCAUAAGAAGGAUUAAUAAUUAUUAAUAGUGUGCUUAGUAAAAGAAUGUGCAGUGCCCCAGUGAUAUUAAGAAUAAAAACCUGAGUUUUCUUA